CCAGCCGGCCCGGGGCAAGAGAGGUGCUAGGCAGGGGUGGGGUGGCCCGGCCCGGGGACCGGGAGCCGGGCACGGAGCAGAGGGCGGGGGAAGCGGCGCCGAAGUUUGCCUCGGACUCGCCGGGCGCAGCGGCGGCUCCCUUGACCAAGGUUUAUUUUCUUGAAAAGGCUCCAGGCUUCGGCUUGGAAAAUCCCACCGCCAAAAUUGAGCCCAGCAGCUGGAGCGGCAGCGAGAGCCCUGCCGAAAACAUGGAAAGGAUGAGUGACUCUGCUGAUAAGCCAAUUGACAACGACGCGGAAGGGGUCUGGAGCCCUGACAUCGAGCAGAGCUUUCAGGAGGCCCUGGCUAUCUAUCCACCAUGUGGGAGGAGGAAAAUCAUCUUAUCAGACGAAGGCAAAAUGUAUGGUAGGAAUGAAUUGAUAGCCAGAUACAUCAAACUCAGGACAGGGAAGACGCGGACCAGAAAACAGGUGUCUAGUCAUAUACAGGUCUUAGCAAGAAAGAAAGUUCGAGAAAUUCAAGCCGCCAUUAAGGUGUCUAGUCACAUUCAGGUUCUUGCCAGAAGGAAAUCUCGUGAUUUUCAUUCCAAGCUAAAGGUAACAAGCAUGGAUCAGACUGCAAAGGAUAAGGCCCUGCAGCACAUGGCAGCCAUGUCCUCAGCCCAGAUCGUCUCAGCCACUGCCAUUCACAACAAGCUGGGGCUGCCUGGGAUUCCACGCCCGACCUUCCCGGGGGCACCGGGGUUCUGGCCGGGAAUGAUACAAACAGGGCAGCCAGGAUCCUCGCAAGAUGUCAAGCCCUUUGUGCAGCAGGCCUACCCCAUCCAACCAGCAGUCACAGCCCCCAUUCCAGGUUUUGAGCCUACAUCAGCCCCAGCUCCCUCGGUCCCCGCUUGGCAGGGUCGAUCCAUUGGUACAACCAAGCUUCGCCUGGUGGAAUUUUCAGCUUUUCUCGAACAGCAGCGAGACCCAGACUCGUACAACAAACACCUCUUCGUGCACAUUGGGCAUGCCAACCAUUCUUACAGUGACCCAUUGCUCGAAUCAGUGGACAUUCGUCAGAUUUAUGACAAAUUUCCUGAAAAGAAAGGUGGCUUAAAGGAACUGUUUGGAAAGGGCCCUCAAAAUGCCUUCUUCCUCGUAAAAUUCUGGGCUGAUUUAAACUGCAAUAUUCAAGAUGAUGCCGGGGCUUUUUAUGGUGUAACCAGUCAGUACGAGAGUUCUGAAAACAUGACAGUCACCUGUUCCACCAAAGUUUGCUCUUUUGGGAAGCAAGUAGUAGAAAAAGUAGAGACGGAGUAUGCAAGGUUUGAGAAUGGCCGAUUUGUAUACCGAAUAAACCGCUCCCCGAUGUGUGAAUAUAUGAUCAACUUCAUCCACAAGCUCAAACACUUGCCAGAGAAAUAUAUGAUGAACAGUGUUUUGGAAAACUUCACAAUUUUAUUGGUGGUAACAAACAGGGAUACACAAGAAACCCUCCUCUGCAUGGCCUGUGUAUUUGAAGUUUCAAAUAGUGAACAUGGAGCACAGCAUCACAUUUACAGGCUUGUAAAGGACUGAACAUGGUUAUUUAUAUAUAUAGAUAUCUGUAUAUACACACGUAUGUGCACACACACACUCUCUCCAUUAUCCAACGACUGACUGUAAACCUCACCACGCAGGGUGGUGCCCUGGCCCCGAGGUCACCCCAACUUUUCUAAAUCCUGUUCGAGUGGAGUCAUUUUUUUCAUGUGUUCAUACUAUCAUUGUAGCUGUGAAGUUCUGGUACAGUUGUCAAAAGAGAAAUCGAGUUGUUUCUAUGUGUUCUUCAGACCUGCAGCCCGCAGUUCCUCGGGAAAGGUGAACCUAACAACCCACGUCUCUCUCCGCAGAGCCCUGUUUCUAUUUGUGGUAGAAAAUACUGAGACAGAGCAUUUGCCACGGGACAUUCACAGCCUUUACACAGAUGUGUCUAGUUCUCUUUUUUUCCAACAUAAAAUUCUUGUUUUAAGAUACAAGUAAAAUUAAUCUUUAAAUAUAAAUGUAAAUUAGUACACAAAAACUAAGAAUCUUUAGACUUAUCUUUGUAACUAAUUAGGGUGGAAGUUAUGGAAGAAUGUAAUUCACUAAAUUAUUUUUUAAAUGAAAACCUUUCUUUCUUUUUGAAACCAAAUGUUAAACUAUAGCCUUAAGAAAUGCUUGGUAGAAAUAUCCUAAUGAGACAAAUUUGUACUUUUUUCCUCAAGGUUAAAACUAAUCUCCUAAUCCAUUAAACUCUUGAACAGAUAUUACAGAGGAAAAAAACUUCACCCCUUAUCCUUAACAUAUAUAGUAUAUUUAAAAAAUAUAAAAUUGUAUUGUACUAAUGUGAUGAUUGAUUAU